GUAACCGGACUCCAGCCAACAGACACCGAACAGAGCCCAUACUACUACACCUUCAAAGUGCAAUGUACCUCUUGUCGCGAGACGCACCCGAAUUGGGUCAGCUUCAACCGUUUUGAACAAACUGAAAUCCCGGGAAGUCGGGGCGAAGCUAACUUUGUGUGGAAGUGCAAGCUGUGCCAGAAAACACACUCUGCGUCUAUAAUCGCAGGUCCGAAUGCGUAUGAGGCCGAUGAUAAACGCCCCGCGAAGAAGGUGAUUGACCUUGACUGUCGCGGGUUGGAGUUUACUGAGUUCAAGCCUGAUGGCGAGUGGGAAGCCAAAGGAGUCGAGUCUGGCUCUCCAUUUACGGGCAUUGAUCUCUUCGAGGAGGAAGAGUGGUAUGAUUAUGAUGAAAAGGCUGGCGAGGAGGUUUCCAUCAAGGAUGUUAAGUGGGAGAUUAAGAGGGGAUAG